AUUUUAAGUGAUGUCAAAUGUCAGAUGCAUUUUGAUGGCAGUGUGAUGCUUUGCAGUUUAAAGUGUAAAAGCCUUCAGAAGUUUUAACAGGCAGAGUUUGUUAGCAUUUGCAAUCUAGCUGUGAAAGGAAAGGAGGAAAGGAUGUGUUUAACAGAUGAGGUGGACAUUAGAUUUCAGCCGGAAACUUCGAUUGCCAAAAACAACUCUAAGUAUGCUUUAGAGGGAGACAUUUAUGGACAUAUGUGUGAAAUGUCAGGGCUGCACGCUUCACACCCCAACUUCCUCUCUUCUCUGGAAGCUCGAUGUCAUUACGCCAGACGAGCAAUUUCUAUGUGAUGAUCAUUUUUAGGCUAUUAUAACAUUUAACAAUGGCGGCAGGUCACUUUUUUGCAUUCUUGAUAUUCCUAAUCUUCAACACAGGGUCCAGUGCUGAAGACAUCGUGUUUGUGCAAACAGGAGAUUCAGUUCAGCUGGAUAUACAGAGAGAUGUGCCUGCUCAUUUCUCUGAGCUAUCCUGGGGGAAUGACAAAUCAAGCACUAUAGUGAAAUUUUAUAAAGAAUUUAAUAAUCUAAAGAUUUAUUUUCCUGACAAGGCAGGUUUUAAUAAUAAAACCCUUUCUCUAACACUGAAGAACAUGCAGAAGAAUGACAGUGGGGUUUAUACAGCAGAUAUACCUGGAAGACAAAACAAAAAUGUUGCUGUAUAUACAGUAACUGUUUUGGAUGCAGUGAAGGCUCCUGUUCUUACUGUCAUCUCAAACUCAUUCAGCAGUGACUCCUGCACUGUGAACUUUACCUGUACAGGUCAUGACCUCACACUCAACUCCACAUACACCAACAGCUGCUGCUCUCCAGAGAAUGUGACAUCACUGGAGAAGUACUCCCUCAUUACGAUCUGCAGUGAGAACACCAUCAUCUGUAACCAUAGCAACCCUGUCAGCUGGAAAACGUGGUCAACAGACACUAAACAGUUUUGUGAAGUUCCAGAGAAACCAGCAACACAUCAAGAGUCCAGUAAACAUCUUAUCGUAGUGAUUGGCGGUGUUGUCGGCUUUCUGCUUUUGGUGAUGGCUUUGGUCAUCUAUUGCUGUUGGAAAAGACAUAAAGGUGGCCGACAGGACUUUAAUACAGUCUAUAAUGAAGUUGGGAAUCAACCAAUGGAAGCCAUCAGAACUGAAUCACAUACAUAUGAUGUUCCAGAUCGGACUCCAGCUCAGACACGACAGGAAAAAGAAUCCAAUACAAUCUACCAUAUGGUUGGGCAACCCCCAAAUCAGCCAGUGACUGCUGUAACAGAACAUACAAUUUAUUCACAAGUGUGCAAACAACCACCAGCUAAGAGACCAGACACUUCAUCCAACAACACCAGAAAUAAAACAGAGGACUGUGGUUAGUUACACACAUGGAGACAUUUGUCGACAUUUGUCCCACUGUCAUUUGGGCAAGUGCUUAGUCGAUGAAUCGUAAUUAAAUACUUGGAUCUAAUAUAUUUUCAUGAGAAACGUUAGUUGGGAGUAAAAAAGUGUCUUCAAAUCAGCUGAUACUGUGAAUGUCAAUGUAAAAAUGCAGGCGUAUCUUUAGCAUAAUACAGUAUAUUGACCUUCUUGUCUCACAUUCCAUGAUUUCUAAAUGUAUGUAUAAUGUAUUAAUUUUGUGACAACGCCGAAUUUAUUGAGUGAGGUAUGAAAACUGUUUAUUCCAGAUAAAGUAUAGUACAGCCAUAUGUUUGUUGACAUAUAAUAUAAUUUACUCAGUGAUACGCUUCCUGGUACUUACAGUAUAUUACAAUGAGUAUUUUCGUAUUUAUAAUUUUUAACAUUUCAGUUUUAAAAAAGCAAUGAGCCAUAUGAAUCCCUCUGGUUUACAGUGAAUUUACAGUGUUCUUUAAGUGUUUUAAAUAUAUUUUAUAUACCACAGUUUUACAAGACGUUUUGAGUAUUACUGUUAUGUGUUUUUUUAUUUUUCAUUACAUUACAUUACAUUUAAUUUUAUUUCAGAAUGUUUUUUUUGUUUUUGAAUUUUGCUCAAGAAGUUGCUUUGUGUUUCAUGUGUCUGAUUUUCCGAUACAGUACAUUUGUAUUCUGCUAUUUGGCAAUCCAAUGUCAAAAAUAGUAUCAUGAUGGCACAUUGUUUUGUUAUUUCUAGCAUGUGCCUAUUAUGCUAUUGGCCACCAGAUGAAGACCUACUCCAUCCAGGAAUCAAAAACAUAACGGUAUAUAUCUGGGUGAAACAUUUCUGUCUGGUAGGAUAAUUGUCAAGAAAAUGUAAAAUAUUAAAUGUAUUAUUUCUCAUUACUGAUGUUAUUUCCUGUUGAAAAAUAAACUGGAAAAAAGCAGCUGUCAAAGGGAUAGUUUACCCAAAUAAAAAUGAUAUCAUCAUUUACUCAAUCUCAUGUCGUUUCAAACCUGUAUGACUUACUUUCGUCUUUAGAACACAAAAGAAGAUAAUUUGAAGAAUGUUUGUAACCAAAUGAAUGCGGUAACCUCAACUUGCAUUGGUUUUGUCUAUACAAUAGAAGUGAAGGGACAUUCUUCAAAAUAUCUUAUUUUGUGUUUGGCAGAAAGACAGAAAGUCAUAUAUGUUUAAAAUGACAGGAGGGUGAGUAAUGAUGACAGAAUGUCAUUUCUGGGUUAACUAUACACAUCUGAAUGUGAAUAUAUUUUUUCCUCUAAUUGUACAUUGAUUUGAUUUCAGAUUUGAUGUUUUCUUUGUUCUAUUAAGUAAAAUAAAAAAUAAUUUUAUUUUUUUAAUCAUU